AUGGAAUCGGAGCCGGUGCUGCGUCGCUCUAAGCGGGAACAUCAGCCAAGCGCUAAAGCAGCUUCAUUAACAUCACAAAUUCUACCAACCACAUCUUCUCGUACAUCUCGCCGCUCACAACGACGUCGUAUAACUGGCUCAGCGUCACCAGCCUCCACUUCCGUGUCAGCUCGUUUCUCAUCGCCCAUACAGGACGCAGCGACGUCAGUUGCAUCUGCUGACGUUAUACCUGCCCAUGUGGAUGGUGUAAACUCAGCCGGACAGCGACGUAGAGUUCGGGCAGCUGCACAUACGGGUUCGAAGACGAGCGUAACCCAGCGAUUUGACUCGUUUGAUUCGAAUGGGAUACACGACGGCGGCAAGGUACUUGGGCGGUACACAAGUCACGACUGUGUAUUACUUUGCGAAAUUAUUUUACGUCAAAUAAAGGAGCAGACACUGGCAUCGACCGUGCUGGAAGAGACUAAGUCUCCAGCCUUUAUCAAGUGGGAAUCUGUUGCUAAGAAGAUGGAGACAACGCACAAGCUAAGAAUGGAGCCUCAAGAGUGUCAGUUGCUCUGGAAAUUCUUAGCUUACGACGAGAUUGUUAUGGUACAUAAUGAUAAUUUAUUACCAGAUUCUGAUGAAGAAGAUUUCUGUAAGACUCCAGCUGCAAUUAAUGCACAAGUGGCAAGUCAAAAUGAAAAAGUUAUCAAGAAAGAGCUAUCAAUUGUUGCGACACAAAGUGGGACUGAUGCUUGGACAGAACAGAAUGCUUCAAAAAAUAGUCCUGAUAAGGACAAUACUAAUCUGUCUGAAAAAGAGCAGGAGACAAGCACGCUAGUGGCCCAACAUGAUAGUAAAUCAACAUUGCAGUUGUACCCGACGUACUUGCUUCCAAGUGGAGUACCAGAUGCGUGGUAUCGUCCUUUUGGACCAAAAGAUGCAAUGCCGCUUACAUUUGUGGCAUCGAGAUUCUUAAAACGAAAACCAAGUCCAACAAUUCAAUCGCUGACGGGAAAAACUAGCGUUUCAUCGGUAUCAGGACAGACAUUCGGGCAACCGUUUGCUAGUGAGCUGAAGAGGAAGCAAGAAAUUUCAUCUGUUAGUGCACCAGCGGCUAAAUCGCCAAAGCUGUCGAUACCUCCGCCUGCGUUCGUGUCCACCGCAACUCCUUCGUCCAUCUGA